UUCUCUUAUUUGGAUUUCACUGUUGAAGCUCCAUAAAUUUCAGCAGCAUUCAAAAUCAAAGAGAAAACCCUAACCUUAUUCCUCCAAGAUCCAACCCUUAAAAAACUAAACCCUAAUCCUAAUUUCAUUUCCAGUUUCAAUACAGAAUCCAAGAGCCAGCACCACACUCUCAAAUGUUUGAUCCAAAUUUCUCCUUUCAUUUCCCUAACCAAUAUCAUCACCCCACUACCACUGCCACUCCUCCUACCACCAACGCUACCAAUCCUAAUUUCCUCUAUUUUCCUCAACCUGUCCAAAACUCCGAGCCCUACCUUCACCCACCCGGAACAGAACCAUAUGCGAAUUCGGGUUCCCACCCGGUUACCUAUGUCGGAUUCCAAAACCAGGUGUCGUUUGGGGACGACCCAAGUGCAGGUUCUCGGAGUUGGGUUGUCAAAGAAGCUGCACCUGUCAAAUAUGAUGCUAUUGUGAGCUCUGGGAAUGAGAAUUCACAACUGCCCACAAUCUCAAAUUCCUUGGGAAGCAGCGUUUGGCUUCAUCAUCAACCUAUGGAAACUGAUGUAACAGACAAUAGUGUUCCACAGCAAACUAAGGUCAACCAGGUUGUACGGUGUGAUGUUUGCAAUGUUGAUUGUAACACUCGGGAUGUUUAUGAGAAACACUUAUUGGGUAAGAAGCAUGCUAAGAAUUUGAAAAUGAAAAGUAUUCCCACCACUGCAAUGUUGACUGUCUCUAAUACAAUCAACAAUACCAGUGUUCCGAACAAAACUUCAGCUGUGGCUGCUAGUGCGGAGUUGGAGACAAAAAGAUGGAAAUUGGUGAAGAGUGGCACGGCAGUAGAUUCUGUAAGGGUAUGCACAAUCUGCAAUGUCGUUUGUAAUAGCCAAGAAGUGUUCAAUACACAUAAAGCCGGGAAAAAGCAUGCAGCUCAGGCUGGUUUAGCAGCUUUGGGUGAAGUUGGGCCAAAUUUUGUAGCAGUACGAUCUCAAUUUGACGGCACUUGGAAGAAAGUCCCAGAGAAGGUCAAGAUGGUUCAAUCUAUAUGGUGUGAUGUUUGUAAAGUCAACAACAAUAGCAGUGAUUCAUAUGUGGCUCACAUAUCUGGAAAGAAGCACCAGAAAAACCUGGAGAAGCAGAGGAUGCUAAACAAUACUGCUUCUUUGACAGAUUCAUCAUCGACAAUUCCAGUAAUUGGUCCAACAGAAAAACUCGAGGCCCAUAAGACAAGUGUAAUUCCAUCGAAAAAAAUUGGAGAAGAGGAUUUGGAGAAAAAGAUGCGUAAGGUUGUGGAAGCUGGAGGUGUAGCCGAUGCCAUUAGAAUGUGCACUGUAUGCAAUGUUGUGUGCAAUAGCCCAACAGUUUUCAAUUCCCAUCUCAGUGGGCAAAAGCAUUUAGACAUGUUGAAGAAACUAGCUGUGGCUGGAAUAGACAUCCCAGACCCUAACUAGUCAUUGCUAUCUAAGGACCUGAGUGUUGCUAUUUGGCAUUUUAACGUGUCCAAAAGCGCAUAAUGAAGCAAAAGGCGAUUGGUGCAAUUUAAGAUUGGGUCUCGUAUAUUCAAAUUUAAAAUAAAUGAGAUUCGAUAUUAAAUUGUGCCAAUUGUAGUUUGCUAAGUCUUGUGUUAUUGGGCACCAUAUGGUGCCCCACAGCAAUAUUCACUGAAUAUACAUGUACAUUGGGAUAUAGAGAAGUUGGGCUUUCCUAAAAUUGCUUGCCUGACGUUGAAAACCAAAUUGGCAAUUCCUCUUGUAUGUAUUACUUGAUUUUUCCUUUUUUUUUACUUGAGGAGGGGGUUGGAAUUGAAGCAUGUCAUUCUUUGUAUUCACCCCUUGUGGUAAUUCAUUGUUAUUAAUAAAACCUGCCUUUUUUUAAAAGGUGAUUUUUAUACAAAA